CCUUUUUAAGUUUUUCUUCAGCGUGGGCUAACGGGGAUGGCAGUUCCAGGGCGGCGCAAUGGUCUGAUGGAGGAAGACGACGACAACGAUGAAGCUGUAUUCGGGGAGUUAAUCGAGGACGAAGUCGAAACACCUGCCCACCUCCGCAACCUCGCCGCAGCCGCCCAGCUCGGCGAUGUGGACGCCCUUCGCCUCGCGCUAGAUACAUUGAACGGCAGCAUUGAUGAACCAGUGGAAGAUGGGGAUACUGCUCUCCAUCUGACCUGUUUGUAUGGUUUUCUGCCUUGUGUCCAGCUACUAUUGGAAAGAGGAGCUUCAUUAGAGGCCAAGGAUGAAGAUGGGGCUAUUCCUCUACAUGAUGCUUGUGCAGGGGGUUUCACCGAGAUAGUUGAACUUCUAAUGAACAGUACAAAUAACACUGAAUGCGUGAAGAGAAUGCUGGAAUCAGUUGAUGUAGAAGGUGAUACUCCUCUCCAUCAUGCCGCCAGGGGUGAACACAUAGGGGUUAUUAGGUUGUUGCUGGCGCAUGGAGCUUCUCCUACAAAGGGAAACAUUUAUGGGAAGAUUCCUAGUGAGUUAGCUGAUAUGGACACAGAAGCUAAAAGAAUCUUGGAAGCUGCUGCUGUUGAGCACAGAAGCUAAAAAGAGCCUUGGGAUGCCAAUAAGACUUUGAUUGGUAUUUUGCUGAAAAUAUUAGAUUAUUUUCAUUGUGGUCUAAAAGUGUUUGAAGUUUAGAAUCGAUAGGAUCAAAUCCAUUUUCGUUAUGUUGAAUUUCAUGGUUGAGGAUAAAAAUAAUAUAUAGUUUUUCCAUGAUUGCUUUGCAGUUG